CCCGUUUCAACGAUGGACGGCGACCAACAGCAAGACGAUUGGGCGAGCAGCCGCAAGAAUCGCUUACCGUCAUUCACCGAGGUUUUAUCUCGCCGAACGCGACCUCCAGUCGACCUGUUCAUGUUCUAUCUUUUCCUGCAACGCGAGGGCGCAGAGGACAUUCUCGACUUCUGGCUUGAUGUACAGCAACACGAAAAUCUCUGUCGGGCCUACUUUAAAGACGUUCGCAAGUCAGGUCGGACAAUCAAGGAAGACUGGCCACAAUAUUGGGAUUAUGCUCGCCGUAGAGGUUCGAUCUACGGCACGGUCGUUGGAAUGAAUCCGGAGGGUGGGGCAGCCACAAAGCGGAGUACUGCGAGCACGGGAGAACUCCUGUCAGACCAGGACAGACGAAACUUGGCUGAAGCGGAUGAGAAAUAUGGUGGCGCUUCAGUUUCUCCCAAUACUCGAGUCGCGUCGACCUCUCCCGAUGUUGGUCGCUCGCCCUCUCCGUUUGGUGUUGGUGGCGUCGGCCGAACUCCAACCUUGUUCACGAUGAAACGAGCGUCGCGAGCUCCAACCAUCAUUCCUCGUUCAGCAGCUAUCACUCGCCUCAACCUUAUCGCCUCUGCCGAGCGAAUAUACUACCGUUAUCUCUCUCCAGCGGCCAACACUGUUAACUCCUCCGAGAAUCACGAAAUUUAUUUGCCACCCUCGCUGAGAAUCCAUUCGUUCCCUCUCAGUUCGUCGCAAGAGCCAAGGUCAACUGCUGAACUCAGUCUCAUGGCCCAAAUUCCCGAUUUGUUCCAUGCCCAGAAGGAGUACUGUUUCCGAGCCAUGGAGCAAGACGCCUUCCCUCGCUUUUUGCGCUCCAAGGCAUUCGGCAAUCUCACCCCUGUGUCUUCGCUGGUUCGUCUUAUUGUCGGACUCCUAGCGCUCUGGGUUGGUCUGGCAGCCGCAUUCUCCCUCAUAUUCUUGGACGUGCAGCCAAAAUCAAAGCGAUUUUUCCUGUUCAUCCCAUUCACGAUCGCCAUCCUCUGUCUGGUAUCACAUCAAUACGAACUGGACCCCAUCCUCGUAUUCUUUGGCCAAUCUGAAACAACACCCUUUCGCACCCUCACUAUUCGCGAACCGUAUGUCAAGAAACUGUUGCUUGGCCGUGCCAUCUGGGUGUCGAUCCUUGUUAUGGCCUUUGUCGCAGCGCUCACACUCCUUUUCUGGGCGGUUCCAGGCCAUAGGCUAUAG